AUGACUGUCGAAGCCGAGCAUCAGGAGCGUGUUGAGGCCAUCGAGAAGCACGCUGGAGAAGCCGCGGACCCGAGCCUCGUCGAGGAUACCUCCGACUAUGAGGAGCACGAUGAGCCGGCCGAGGUCUCCAUCAAGGGCGCCGCCAAGCGGAACGGCGAUAGGUUCCCUGGCACCGGCCGGACCCUGUCGGGCGAGGUGGCCGAGGAGGAGGCAGACCCCGAGGACGACGAGGCUGACAUUGAGUCUGAUUUUGGUGACGAGUACGAGUCGGGCAUUGACGACGAGGACGAGAUUGAGGAGGAGGACGAGGAGGACUACGCCAGCGAUGCUGACAAGCCCCGUGGCGGCUCGGCCACCUACAACCUGCGCGCUGCCAAUAGCAAGCGCAGGCUGAGCGAGGUUGAUGGCGACGAGGAUGAGGAGGGCCCCUCGACAAGAACACGCCAGAGGACUGGCGUCAGCUACGACGAGGAUGAAGAUGAGGAGGAUGAGGAUGAGGAUGAGGAGAUUGUUGAGGAGGAGAUUGUCGACGAGGAUGAGGUCGACGAUGAAGAGGACGAAGAGUAA